CAAAAGUAUGUGCUCCCCGCUUAAUAUGGCAUGUUGGGCCUAUUUUAUAUGUCUAUGGUUUUCGCAUCGUGGACACAAGGCUCAGAAUAGUCAGAGGGUGUGAAAGACUUUUAGUGUACAUAAAACACCCACUCUUGUGCUCUCUGCAAUCGGCAGAUAGGAACAGUAUUACAGUAGAUUUGUGUGCUUUUAAGAGCAGGGAAUUAUUACGCCAAUAAUUUAUUGCGAAUAUAUUUUAAAUUAUAUUAUUCUGUCGUGUUUUAUUGAUUUUUUUUUCGUUAUGGCUACGAUAAUGUGCUUACCUCAAGAAGUGAUCAGCGUUAUUCUCAGCUACAAUGAUAUCAGAAUUGAGGAUAUUAUUAAUUUCAGAUGUGUGUGCAAACAAUUUCGGUACGCAGCCAAAAAUGACAAAUAUAUGAAAAAAAAGUUUCUUCAAAGAUGGCCUCUUGCGAAGAAACUUUAUGACAAACAGUUUGAGGAAAGUAAGCAGAAAGAGUCUGAAGAAGAGAAGGAUAAAAAAAGCUUAAACUUUAUAGAAACAGGCAUACUUUAUGCAAGACAAUUACGAAAUUAUGUAUCUCAAAUAAUUCAUAAAUAUUAUUCUAAGAAUUACGAAAUCAAUAAUUCAAUACGAUUUCAACAUAUAUUUUAUCAUACGGAUCAACAUUUAAUGAAUAACAUUUAUGAUAUGUUUAUGCCUGAAAAUUUCGUAAAAUGUUGUUUCUUCAUUGAUGAAAUUAAAAACUUGCUUAUGCAAUCUCCACAAAAAAUUGAUUGCAAUCUAACCGAAAGAUAUUGCAAUACAAAAAUAUUUUGAUGUUUAAGGCAACAUGUUGUAAGUACGAAGAUGCGUAAAUAUACAGAACAAUCUUGCAAAAAUCAGUUUUUGGAACGAAUUCUUACCAUGGCAGCACAAUGGUUUCAACCUGAAAAAGAUAUCUUUUACUCAUGCAUAAAAGCAUCACUAGAUAAUAUCGCACUAGAAAUACUAGAUUGCCUCAGAGAAAAACAUCCUGACCAUUCGAUAUUGUCGACGCCCCCUGAAAUGUUUUCAUAUUGGAAAAACAACAAUAUUGACGAUAAUCAUUGGAACGAAAUAGAAGGAACGCAGAUUAUAGAUACACUCGAGGAAUAUAUAUUUGACAAAUUAAAAUUUGAACUAAAUAUAUGGAACGACGCAAAUUUGGAAUAUAUAUGUAUAGAUAAUGUCUUAAAAAAUAAAUAUGGCAAUGAAUUAAUUUUAUUAAUAAUAUAUCUCAGUGUAGCUAGAAGACUUGGCCUACGUUGCGAUAUAAUAUGCAAACCAUAUGAUUGUAGUCGGAUUUAUCACUUCUGCAUUGCUUGGAAACCAAGCUAUGCCACGAGUAAGUUAGAAGAUACAAGAUAUUUUAAUUUAAAGAUAUUUCCGGAUAUUUCCCAUCUUAAUGUUAUUAAAAUAAUUUCACCUGAAGAUUUCAAUGAAUUGCAAGUUAUAAAUCCAAUGAUGAAAACAACUGAAAUGUUUUGGCAAGAACUAAUAUUGAUUGUACUAAAGCAUUGUGAACAUAAUAAGCGCACUUUUAGGAUUAUGCUGAAUAGAAUACUGAAUAGAAUGAUUGAAUGGACUAGAGAAGAAAAAAUAUAUCUCAAUCUUCAUAUUGAUGAAAAAACAAAGUUGCUACACCCAAGACUAGAGAACGUAAAAUAUGCGAUUGGAAUGAUAGUAAUGCAUCAACCUGCAGAUUGUAUCGGCGUGAUAGUAGGAUGGCACCGACGGCAUGAUGAAUGUUAUUUGACCUCAUACGGUGCAUCACGCUCUUACAAAUAUGAUUUGAAUCACUGUUUUAAUCAUAAAUUUAUAAAGCAACAAACAAAUUACAUAAUUCUUACUGAAAAUAAUAAAAUGUGUUACGUGGAAGAAGAUGCUAUAACUUUGACAACGCCGAAAUGGAUCGAUAAUAGUGAAAUAGGUCGCUAUUUUUGUACAUUCAAAGGCACCCAUUACGUACCAAAUAAAAUGCUGGCGAGGCUUUACCCGAAGGACGCCGCUAUAACUGCCCAGGCAAUAUUAUCUAAAAAUUAAUAAUAUAAAAAUUAUUUUAUGCAAUACUUAAACUGUACAAAACUCAAAUAUAAUAUUAUAAAACUAAUAAGAAAUAAAAGACUUCUAAAUUAACAAACAAAUGAGGAAAAUGAUAAUAG